AGUGCGCCUGCGCAGAGGUGACGCCGCGCGGCCGAAGGGGAGGGGGUGUUUUGGUUCUAGCCGCUCGCCGUCCUUUCCAGAUUAUAGGUCGUCGGAAAGCUUUCUGGUUCCGGCUUCCCUUCCCCGUUCACUUCGCCCGGCCCCCUUGAUCUUUUCCCCCUUCCUUCCUUCCCUUCAGUCCGCCCUUUUUUUUGUUUUGUUUUGACUACUGCUGCCCCGGGUUCUGGGCCAUAUUCCGGGCCGGACGCACUGAGCUGCGCGGCCCCGGGGGCCCGGUCUAUGACCCGCCGUCCUGCUCCCCCUCGCUUCCGCCGCCCCAUGUGGCUGCGGGGCCGCGGCGGCGCUGCCCACUAUGGCCCGGAAAGCAGUUAGCAGGAAGCGGAAAGCGCCUGCCUCACCCGGAGCUGGGAGCGACGCGCAGGGUCCGCAGUUUGGCUGGGACCACUCGCUUCACAAAAGGAAGAGACUCCCCCCAGUGAAGAGAUCCUUGGUCUGCUAUCUGAAGAACCGAGAAGUCAGGCUACAGAACGAAACCAGCUACUCCCGGGUGUUGUAUGGGUAUGCGGCGCAGCAGCUGCCUGGUCUGCUGAAGGAGAAAGAGUUUCACCUUGGGACCCUGAAUAAAGUGUUUGCAUCACAAUGGUUGAAUCACAGGCAAGUGGUAUGCGGCACAAAAUGCAACACGUUAUUUGUUGUGGAUGUCCAGACAAGCCAGAUCACCAAGAUCCCCAUUCUGAAAGACCGGGAGCCUGGAGUCAUGACCCAACAGGGCUGUGGUAUCCAUGCCAUCGAGCUGAAUCCCUCUAGAACAUUGUUAGCCACUGGAGGAGACAACCCCAACAGUCUUGCCAUCUAUCGACUGCCUACACUGGAUCCUGUGUGUGUGGGGGAUGAUGGACACAAGGAUUGGAUCUUUUCCAUCGCAUGGAUCAGUGAUACUAUGGCAGUGUCUGGCUCACGCGAUGGUUCUAUGGGACUCUGGGAGGUGACAGAUGAAGUGUUGACCAAAAGUGAUGCAAGGCACAAUAUGUCACAGGUCCCUGUGUAUUCCCAUAUCACUCACAAGGCCUUAAAGGACAUCCCCAAGGAAGACACAAACCCUGACAACUGCAAGGUCCGGGCUCUGGCCUUCAACGAUAAGAACAAGGAACUGGGAGCAGUGUCUCUGGAUGGCUACUUUCAUCUCUGGAAGGCUGAAAAUACACUUUCUAAGCUCCUCUCCACCAAACUGCCGUAUUGCCGAGAGAAUGUAUGUCUAGCCUAUGGGAGUGAGUGGUCAGUGUAUGCAGUGGGCUCCCAAGCCCAUGUUUCCUUCUUGGAUCCACGGCAGCCAUCAUACAAUGUCAAGUCCGUGUGUUCCAGGGAGCGAGGCAGUGGGAUCCGGUCAGUGAGUUUCUAUGAGCACAUCAUCACCGUGGGCACAGGGCAGGGCUCCCUGUUGUUCUAUGACAUCCGAGCCCAGAGAUUCCUGGAAGAGAGGCUCUCGGCUUGCUAUGGCUCCAAGCCCAGACUGGCAGGGGAGAAUCUGAAACUAACUACUGGCAGAGGCUGGCUGAAUCACGAUGAGACCUGGAGGAAUUACUUUUCGGACAUUGACUUCUUCCCCAAUGCCGUGUACACCCACUGCUACGACUCGUCCGGCACGAAACUUUUUGUGGCAGGGGGGCCCCUUCCCUCAGGGCUCCAUGGAAACUAUGCUGGGCUCUGGAGCUAAUGAUUAAUGACAACUAACUCUCCCAAAAUGCAGAGAUUUACACUAACUUCCCUCCUCGGUUUCCUUGCUUCUUUUGAUUUACUUCUCAGUAGUCUGAGACUCUCAUAUUUCAGUGAGAACACCAGGGUUUGUCCGUAGUUUAGGCGCUCGAUAGGAAGACUGUACAAAUCCGAAGGGCUUUUCUUUUUUUUUCUUCCUCUUUUGGUAAUCAGAAUUUUAUUGUUUGUUUUCCUUUCUUUCUGGCUUCUCAACCAAACAUUGCUGAUCCCUGGUUGGUUGUUUUCUUUAAGUGACACACACUCUCCCCUCUCUAGCAGCUUCUUUAGGCUAAAAUGACAUGUCAUUCUCACCCUUACUUCACUCUUGAGAGGUGGGGUUUCUUUAUAAUUAUGUGAUUGCUGUCAGACUUUCUGUGAAAGUUUGAGAGCUGUGUGUGUGAGUGUGAGAGAGUGAGUGUGUGUGCCUGUAGGUACAGUGUGUCACUGAAGUUACCUGGAGUGAGGAUUCCUUGUAAUUAAAAAUAUUUAUAAAAGAAACAACUUUAUUCACCAAGUCCAGUUUUGGAGCUAGUCUGUAUCUUGUGUGUUGUCGAGUCUAACACUGAAUAUAGGAAGGAGAAAGAAACAUGCAUCACCACUGGGAAAAAAAUCAAACUUUUUGACUGGGAGCGCAGCCUUCCUGGAGUCUCCCACGCCAGGAAUCCAGAAUGAUCCAGCCCUACCUGUUUUCUGAGCUGUGUGUCUCCCAGGUGUGGACACUUGCAUACAGGUGUCACUUCCGCUUCCCAUCCACUGAGCUGGUGACUACUCCCCCAAAAUGUCUGAGUCUGUAUCCAGAGGCAGCUGUUGAGACUGCAGGUAGCGACUCGGGACUUAGAGAAUCCCCCUAGCGGCCUCCCUCUCCCCGCUCUCCAGCAAGACCUGACCUGUAUUUUACGGACCAGGGCUAGAGGUCAGCGGCCAGCCAAUAUUCAUCUAGGCCCGUGAGCUUUAAGGGAAUCCUUUGCCAUUUUCCCCGAUGGCUUCUGCUGCCAUUUUCCAAAUUGGGUCCAGUCCAGAAGGGUAGGGGUGAGCAGGGGGCUUGCCUGUGAGUGCUUCAUGUGUAGCAUAUUCAUUUUCUGAGUGCUAGGUUGGUGUUGGGAUGGCCGUCAGCCGGGAGCUCUAUGCUUGUGGUAAAGCCUCAGUGUGAUGAGUACUACUAGUCUGUUCCUUCCUUGAACUCUUUCCGUCUGAGGUUUUAAACUGGGGGGCACCUGGCUCCCAGGGUGUCAGGUUGCUCCUUGUUUGUUAUGCAUCCUGAGGAAGAGGACAGCUGUCCCCACCCACACAUACCCUGCUUCCCUCAACAGCUUGUCCCAGGGAAAGAAAACGCCACUUAGUGCUGCCCCCUAGACUGUGCUAACUCUCCCAGUUAUUCCUGCCUCUGGGGGAGCGAAGAAGCAGGCACAUGGCUAGAACAGAGACACGGCACACAGCAAACCCCACAGGUUCUGGAAUGUUCAUCUUCUAAUCUAGAGAAAUAGGUGCUAUAAACAGGGAAUUAAGCAAAAUGCUGGAUGCUACAAACCUUUUAAUUGUCUUAAUUUUUUUUCUAUUAUUAAACUACAGGCUGUAGAUUUCUUAGUUCUCACAGAACUUCUAUCGUUUUAAACUGACUUGUAUAUUUAAAAAAAUCUCAAGUAGGAUGUUUUGUACUGUUUGCCAAG